CAAUCCACACUUGAAGGCAAUAAUAAUAAUACUAAUUAUUUAAUUAUAUAGUCAAAGAUCCAAAUUUAUGGAGCCACAAAAGACAGCAAAAACAAGAGAAGUUGAUACAGAGAAAUGGGUUUUUGAUUCUUCUGUAGAUCAUAAAGGAUGGGUUCCUGUUCGAGCUCGAACUGGUGUUUGGAAAGCUUCUCUUUUUAUCAUUUCAAUUGAAUUCAGUGAGAGGUUGAGUUACUUUGGAAUAGCUACAAGCUUAAUAAUUUACUUGACCAAAGUGAUUCAUCAGGACCUAAAGACUGCAGCCAAAGCUGUAAACUACUGGUCAGGAGUGACUACUUUGAUGCCUCUUUUCGGAGGAUUUGUUGCUGAUGCUUACUUGGGCCGAUUUUCUACUGUUCUUGUUUCUUCUAUAAUCUAUCUUCUGGGCCUGAUUCUUCUGACAAUGUCUCAGUUCGUUCCAAGUCUAAAAGCUUGUGAUUCAGUUUCAUGCACUCAAGCCAGAAAGGUUCAUGAAAUGGUAUUCUUUCUUGCAAUUUAUUUAAUCUCCAUAGGAACAGGAGGGCACAAACCUUCCUUAGAGAGCUUUGGAGCCGAUCAAUUCGACGAUGAUCACUAUAAAGAAAGAAAAGCAAAAAUGUCAUUUUUCAACUGGUGGAAUUUCGGCCUUUGCUCCGGCCUCCUGCUUGGCGUAACAGUGAUUGUUUACACACAAGAUCAUGUGAACUGGGGUGUUGCAGAUGUUGUUCUUACAGUAGUUAUGGCUUUAUCACUUGCCAUCUUCGUUAUUGGAAGGCCGUAUUAUCGAUAUCGAGCACCAUCAGGAAGCCCUUUCAAGCCAAUGUUGCAGGUUCUUGUAGCUGCUAUAAGAAAAAGAAACCUGCCAUAUCCCUCCAAUCAUUCUGAGUUACACCAAAACUCUCAGUUAGACCAAGGGAGGGUUCUCUGUCAUACCAAUAAGCUCAAGUUUCUUGAUAAAGCAGCUAUUGUGGAAGGAACAGAAAAUUCUGCAAAUGAGGCAAGUGCUUGGAGACUAGCAACCGUGACAAAGGUUGAGGAAAUGAAGCUCAUUCUAAAUAUGAUUCCAAUAUGGCUAGCAACUUUGCCGUUUGGGAUUUGUGUAGCUCAAGCCCCCACAUUUUUCAUCAAACAAGGAACUACAUUGAAUCGAAAGUUUGGUAGUUUCGAGAUUCCUCCAGCUUCCAUUUACUCACUUGCUGCCAUUGGAAUGAUAAUCUCGGUAACCUUUUACGAGAAAAUCCUAAUACCAAUAGUAAGAAGGGUGACAGGAAAUGAGAGAGGCAUCAAUAUCCUACAAAGGAUAGGAAUUGGAAUGUGUUUCUCAAUUUUGACAAUGGUAGUUUCCGCUCUGGUAGAAAAGAAGAGGCUAAGUGUUGUAGAGAAAGAUCCAUUGCAGGGUUCGGUUUCAAUGAGUGUGUUUUGGUUGGCUCCGCAGUUUCUGAUUAUUGGUUUUGGAGAUGGAUUUACAUUAGUAGGGCUACAAGAGUAUUUCUAUGACCAAGUCCCUGAUUCCAUGAGAAGUUUAGGCAUUGCGUUUUACCUGAGUGUUCUUGGAGCUGCAGAUUUCCUUGCUAGUCUAAUAAUAAUAGUUCUUGAUCAUGUGACUGAGAAAUAUGGAAAGAGUUGGUUUGGGAAGGAUUUGAAUAGUAGUCGUUUAGAUAACUUUUACUGGCUUUUAGCAGGAAUGGCUGCUACAAAUUUGAUAAUCUAUAUUUUGUUGGCUCGGCGGUAUUCGUACAAAAAUGCGCAUAAAAAUGUGAUAGUGGCUGAUUGCCCUGGUGGUCUUGAUUGUACAACUGCAAUAGCUUGACAGUUGUGACAGGUGCAGGAAUAUAGAAAUAGUAACCCACUUAUCAAUUGAAGGUUCUUGUGCGAUGAAUAUGUUGCUUUGAUUUGAAGAUUUCAACUUCAAAGAUUAUCAUACUCUUUAGUUUCUUGC